AACAACUAGCCAUAAAGACGCAGGAAAAAUUAAAAUAUAUAUUGUGUUCCAGCAAUACAAUUACACAAUUCAAGCAAAUUUUAUUUUUAUAAAUGGAAGCGGCAAUAUAUCAGGAUUGCUACAAUCUUAUAGAGGAAUUUAUCAAUGAAGGCUCCCCAUCUUUUCAAAUAUUUUGUAACAAAUGGCACAAACUGAUGUUCCAGUACAUGUACACCGCCCAAUCAUCAAGUGUUGAGUUAAUGCAAACCACCUUGGCCAUUUUCCAUGUGGCGAAGAGAACAGUUUGUGCCAAAGAUGAAUUCGGUAAAUAUCUAUCGGCCACAGAGGGCAACGAAGAGCAAGAUAUUUUGAGGCGUAUUUGUGGCAUUUAUCUGAUGUACGGCAUAUAUUUUAAACAGCCAACAAAACAAUAUAUAAAGGUUUCUGUCAGCCUUGAAACUUGGAAGGAAAUGACCACAUUCAUUGAGUCGUUAAAGGAAACUCCCGAAAUGAUGGCAGCUCGUUAUAUGUUUUGGCGUCUAUAUCAGGCGGAUGCCUUCAGAUUUACAGCAUUGGAUUAUCCUGUAGGUUUAGAGGGCCUGGCUGAUUAUGAUAAAAUAAACGAAGAACAUCAGGAGAUUGAGCAGACGGAAGUCGUUAGGGUAAAGGCCAAACACAAGUUAAUUUCAAUUCCGGAAAUACAAGAAACUCUGAACGAAAUGAAGGAGCAAGAACAAAAAUAUAACGGUCUAAAAAGGGAAAUAGCCAAAUCACAAAAUCAGGCUGCUGAAGCUCUGCCGCCCACAAAAAUAUUCCAUAAAAUGCAUUCUGUGUUUGCCAAUAUAAAAGGCAUAUUAGAUGAGAAGCCAGCUGAAGAUGGUGCUUCUAGUAAGAGCAUAGGUACAAAAAAGAAGGAAAUCAAACGAAAAGCCGCUGGUAUUAGGAACCGUAGUUAUGAACCGUCUGAAUCAUCUUCAAACGAAUCGUCAUCGUCGGAGAUUUCAGGGGAGAGUUACAGAGCACCUAUACCACGUGUAGAAAGAAAGGCAAAAGAUAUUCGAAAACGUUACAAAUCACCAGGUAAAGAUGGUGCUUCUAGUAAGAGCAUAGGUACAAAAAAGAAAGAAACCAAACGAAAAGCCGCUGGUAUUAUGAGCAAUAAUUAUGAACCGUCUGAAUCAUCUUCAAACGAUUCGACAUCGCCGGCGAUUUCAGAGGAGAAUUACAGAGCCCCUAUACCUCGUGUAGAAAGGAAGGCAAAAGACAUUCGAAAACGUAACAAAUCACCAGAUCGCCUUAAAGAUGAUGCAAAAAAUGCAACUUCCGAAGAUGUCGAGGAAGACGAUUCGGAUGAAGAUUACGAACCUAGCGAAGAUUGA